GGUCGAGCGCGUUGGAUGACGGCCGGGUCGUCCUUCGCACUCAUCGUCGGCCGCUCCUGGCCGCAGCACGUCGAAGCGCACAGCGCACCCCGGUCUCUGCGCGUUUGUCAUCGCCUCCGCUCGCCAUGCCCGACGCCCAUAUAACAACCCAGGCCGCCCCCGAGGGUCUCGCGCCCGAGCACGCCCCCUCGCCCGACGCCCCGGACGACACUCACGCACGCGCCGACGACGACACUCUCCCGCACGAGCACGUUCACUUUGCAGAGUCCGCGCGUGUCGUGCCCGACCCACCGUCGACCGGCUCUGGCGACUCGGAGGGCGUGCCCCUAGUUCGUACGUGAGUCCCUCCUUCUCCUGCGAUGUCCCCGCCGUCUCUACCUCCCCUUUCUCAAUAUGCCGACGUCAUCGAC